AUGAUUGCAUUUUCUAACUUCUAAUACGAAGAUAUUGUUUAAUACUUUGAAGAAAGUUUGUUUGAUUUAGAUACUAAUGAAAUAGAUCCUAAUUACGAAUAAAGUAAAAUAUAGACCCUUUAGAAAAUUAUUUUAGACUUGAUGAGUUUGGAAAAAAUUUCUUUUAACUUUUUUAAAAAUUGUGACAUCUACAAUUCUGCUCUUUAGCUAAAAAAUUCAUCUAAUUACUUUCCAAGCUUACAAUAUUUAUCAAUUGAUUUCAGCAACUAUUCUGAAAUAAAAUCAUCAGUUUUUGAGAAUUUAGGAAUUUUCAUUUCUAACUUAGAAUCUUUAGAAUACUUGAGUUUGAUUAUCGAUAACUUCAAUAAAUAAAAAAUAGAUUAUAGUUUUAAUAUUUUCUCAAGUAUUUUUAAAAAUAUUCCAAAAAAGUUAAGUUCAUUGAAUCUAGAUGUUAAAUUAAUUGAUAUCGACUCAUCUUCAAUAGAGAUCUUUACUCAGUAUUUAGAAAAGUUGACAAAUCUUUAAAAUUUAUACUUUCAAGUUGGUGAUAAUUGUUAAUUAAAAACUGAAAAUUCAAUAAUUUUGGCAAAUUCAAUUCAAAAACUAAUUUAACUAAAAAGACUAAAUCUAAUAAUUUAAUCAGAUAAUUAAAUAAGUUAAUAAGGAAUAAUUUAGCUUUUAUAGAGCAUAAGACACCUUAAAUCAUUAGAAAAUUUACAUUUAGAUAUAUUUGGAAAUGAAACAAUAUCAGAUUAAAUACUUAAAGAAGCCAAAUUUUCGUUCUAAUAUCUUGAAAAAUUAACAUAGUUUAAAUGGAUACUUAAAAGUAAAAUUUAGAAUUAAAAACUUGCUGAUGAUUUAGGAGAGUUGUUGCCAUGCACAAAAUAAUUAAAAUAGCUAGAUUUGAUUUAUGAAAAAUAAUAUAUUUUAUUCAUGAAUGAAUAAUUAAAUGGAUUAGAUAAUCUAGAAAGUUUAAGUAUUUAAAUUAAAAACAUUAAUGUUUCGAUAGAAACAGAUAAACUCUUAUAAAAAGUAUUUUCAAUUUAAAGCUUAAAAUAACUGCACCUUAAAUUUGAGAAACCUGCUUAAAUUUAAUUUUAGUUAACCUUAAAUUUAGAUUGCUUCUUGCAAUUAACUAAUUUGUAAAUUUUAAAUUUAGAAAAACCUGUAAUAAAUGAGAUAAAUCAAUUAACUUUCUCUUAAAUUUAAUAAUUAAAUUAUAUUGAAGCAAGAAAUACUUAAUCUCUUUUCAUCAAUAGAAAAUUUAUCAGGCUUAAUUAAGUUAGUUUUUGUAGUAAAAUAAAAAAUUAUUUAUGA